AUGGCUCGCAGCAAUUCAGAAGAUGAGGAGCAUAUUCCUGGUGGUCCACAAAUUGUCAUCUUGUCGGCGACACCUCGACAAGAGAGUCGGGCCGAGGGUAGAGAGGAUACUGAGGCAAGUUUUCAUGAGCCACAGAUUAAGGAAUCCCUGGACUCGGAUAAAGAGAAUCGUAAAGUUCCCGACUAUUUAUAUUCUAAUGCCAUUCCCAUGGUUAAUGAUCAGAAUAUCAAGUAUGUUCUACCGCCUCAAUUGGCCUCUUAUCCAGUGGCCUAUGGACCACCAAUUAUCUCCAACACCAAGAACAACAACAAUAUUAAUCGUAACAAUGGCGUCUCCUAUGUAAUGAUACCACGCGUUCAAUUGGGUUUCAAUGUCCAAGGACAAACUGGUCUCAAUUGGAAUGGCUUAAAUAUUAUUCCCACAAAUCUUAACGGAGACGGAGCUUCGGAGAAGGAGGAACCAACAUAUAUUCCCAUUCCAGUUCCAGGGCCCCCGGGGCCACCAGGACCACCUGGCCCACCUGGUUUACGUGGCGCCACCGGACCAGUUGGCCCACGCGGACACAGAGGACCUCCCGGUGAGCCAGGUGUCAGUGUGUCCGCUCCUUCAAAUCCUUCAAAUAUUUGGUAUGGCCAGAGUCAUAGUAAUAUCAAUAAGCCUCAAUACACUGAACACUUUUCAAAUGGUUAUCAGAAUUGA